ACCAGUCAAGUGGGCUCGCUUGGUUUUUGCCGUUGGCUCAAUCUCAGUAUCACUCACUCAAUUGAUUCAGCAGUAGAGAAUAAAAUGGUCGCUUCGGAAGCUCAGCCGACCCGCUUGUACGUUAAGGGUGUUUUCAUGGGCUACAUGCGUGGCUUCACCAACCAGCACGCCCACACGUCGCUCAUCCAGAUCCAGGGCCUCCAGGACCGCAAGGAUGUCGACUUCUACCUCGGCAAGCGCAUCGCGUACAUCUACAAGGCCAAGACCUUGAAGAACGACUCGAAGUUCCGCGUCAUCUGGGGCAAGGUCAUGCGCGCCCACGGCCAGAACGGCGUCGUCCGCGCCAAGUUCCGCAAGAACCUCCCCGCCGCCGCCAUGGGCAAGCAGGUCCGCGUCAUGCUCUACCCGUCGCGUGUCUAAACGGAUCAUCGCUGCGAUUGUUGGUCGAUUUUCUGCUCCGCAUGCGUAAUCGCCACGCCCUGGCGAGAACGUACGUGCCAGAACAAUUAAUAAAGAGUGGGUUCCGAAUUAAGUACUACUACCAUUGAACUGCUGCGACGAGUGUCUCCC